AUGCCCCCCAAGGCCAUAUCGUCUCUUUUUCUAGGUCUUGAGCUCGCCACGGACCAGCUGCGUGCAUCGAUCGUGGAUGAGAACCUCGAGUUAGUCGGCGUGGAGGCUGUAGACUUUGACACGGAGUUGCCAGAAUACCAAACUCAGGGCGGCAUUUUCACCACACCCGGCGAUGCAUAUACCACACCCGUUGAGAUGUGGAUUAAAGCGUACGACCUGCUCAUGGAAAAGCUCAGCAAAAGCUAUGACCUGCCGAGGAUCAAGGCCAUCGGCGGCGCUGCACAGGCAAACCAGCUUCCACAGCUCCAAAGCCUUGACCCGCGAAUGCCUGUACACACGCAGAUCUCGACGCAAUCGCUCUCGCUGCCGCAUGCACCCGUUGCUCAGGAUACGUCUGCGCAUACGCAUGGACUCGCACUGGAAGCCGCGCUCGGCGGCCCAGACCUGAUGGCGGUGCGCGUCGGGACAUGUGCGCAUGCGUCGCUGCUGGCGGCGCAGCUGCUGCGCGUGCGUGAGGCGUGGCCGGAAGUGUGGGCGCGUACCGGCAAGGUGCAGGUCGCGAGCUCGUUCCUCGCCAGUCUUGCGUGUGGCGUCUUGGUCGGCAUGGGCGAGGCGGAGGCGGCGGCGACAGGUUUGUGGGCGCACAGCACCACAGCGGGAACACCAAGCCACUGGGACGAGGGCGUGAUGGAGAUUGUGGGAGGCAACAGAGAUGAAGGACGACGGAUCUGGGGCUGGUUGGGUGAUGUUGACGUCUCAGGCGGGCGGAGGAGGAUCGGCAAUGUCUCGCGAUAUCUGGUAGACCGGUAUGGGUUUGAUCCAGAGGCCAUUGUCACGCCGUUCACGUCCGACUAUCUUUCCAUAUACCUGUCCUUGUGUCCCUCGCCCUCCGAUGCUGUCCUAUCAUUCGGACCUAUGGAUUCCAUGCUCGCUCCUGCAUCGAACUACAUCCCCACGCGGCUGUACAGCCUAUUUCCGCACCCUGCCCAGGAUGCCACUGAAAGGAAGCGCUACGUCGCCAUGCUCACCAGCAGGAAUGCUGAUGUGCCACGAGCCCUUGUACGUGACAUGUAUACCAAGAGCUGGAGCGCGUUCGACCGCCUAGUUGCAAUCGUACCUCCAGGCGGGUCGAUAGGCCUAGACGAUAAGCUGUUCAGUUUCUGGCUACUUCAAGGCGACAGCUACCCUUUCUCCCACGUGAAAGGCAUUUUCCGAUUCGAGACCGGUGUCAAGGUGAAUGAAUUCCGUGACCUGCGGGCAAACCCGCGAUGUCUGCUAGAGAGUCAGAUCCUGUCGUUCCGCGUACGUUGGUCACGCAUGCUUGCGACGGGUGUCAUGGGCCCCAACGCGGGCCGCGGACGAGGAGCGAACGCCUCUCCGAGUCCAAUAUCUGGACAGCCGAAGCGUUCCGCCAGUAACCCGAGCACUACCAUGGGUCUGCCAUUCGAUCCAUAUGAAUACUCUUCACUUCCAUCCCGUAUCGUUGCCACUGGUGCGGCGGCGAACUUUCCGUCCAUCGCGAACCUCGUGGGUGAUGCGUUCAAUGCACCCGUGAUAUUGCCGACCACUCAGAUCGACGCCGCGCAAGUGGUGCCGCACAGAAAUGCGCCUCCUCCAGGCUUCCCUGCUCGUGCUUCCCUCGGUGGAGCCUACGUUGCGCGGUGGGUGUGGGGGAAGGAGAAGGGCACGCCUGCGGGAACAGGUCGGGGUGGAUUCGAGGAGGAGGUGCGAAGACUGCUCGCGAAGCGCUGGGCUGCGACCGGCGGCGUUCCCAUCAGAACCAACGUCAACGCGCCGAGCGGCGGGAACAAAGUCACAAGCACACCCGGAAGCGGCACGAGUACGCCUUACGGUCACGGUGCGCGAUCUGCCCUUGGUGCCACCAUCCUUGUCGAGGAGGAGGAAGAGGAGGUUGAGGAGAUGGAGAAGAUGGGUGGAAGCGGGAUGCAGAGUUCUUACGGGAUGGGCUCCAUAUACGGCGAUGGCGACGCAGGCAGGAUGAGAACUAUGACGAGCUCCACUGCGGGUACCGCCAUGACUGGCAGCACGCUGGAUGCUCCGUCCACUGCGUUUACUACGCCAGACCUGAGCGGUACAAACCCCAACCCCGAGGUUAUCACGACCGACACUAUCACAACCUCCUCUCCGGCUUCGCUUAUCCCUGUGACUGCUAUGCCCACCUCCGAUGCUGAGCUACAACUAGGCUUGGCCAAGGUUGCAGAGCCGGAUGUGGACGCGUUCAUGUCAUACGCCGCGAUCGUGCCGGAAUACUGCAGACUUGAAAGUCUGCUGGUGAAGUCGAUAGUCUAA